AUGCUACUCCUCGAGGAUGACACCUGUUUAAAUAGUGAUGUUGGUGUUGGUUUUAUCAUCGCUGAUAUCAACUUUGACAUCGACUUCGUUUUCAUAUCAACUUCAACCACGAAAGCGGCAAAAGGGGCCACGAAGCCGUGUGUCAGAGAUCUAUUAUCCCAUGAAAAAGGAAGAAGCAAGCCCCCCGCCACGCAGCAGGACAAAGGCAAGGGGCCCGAAAGGGAAGAUGAGACAUUCAGUGACAUCAAACAUGAGAUGCUUGGAGAGAAUUAUGAUAUUAAAGAAGGCGAAGAAGAGGGAGAAGAUGAACUCUCUGUGCCGUCCGAGGAAAACCUGCAGCACUCCUCGUAUAUUAUAUGGAGUACUAUCAUCACCUGCCUCUGCUGA